AUGAUAAUGAAGAAAGUCGCGCUGUUCAAAAUAUUAGACAAGUGUAAGGCGACAACAAGAGAAGCAUUAGAAUGUGCUGGAAUGAAUAUUAAGAAAAGGGAGUUUAGUUGUCCACUGGACGUAGUUUGGACGCCUCUGCCUCAGAACUGUCCAGCAACAAGAGAUUGUUUCUCAAGUGGAGCUCUCUCCGCUUACCUAAUAAAACGUUGGAAUGUAAAGAGGAAUGUUUUCUGUAUGUUAAACGGAAGGACGAAUUGUGAAAAGGAAGAAUUCCAUUGUGAAAUUUUCUAA